AUGGCUGAUCUUGCCUCUAGCCUCGCCAGUAGUCUCUUGAAGAAAUUAGGCUCUUUGGUUUAUCAAGAGCUCUACUUGGCAUGGGGUGUCCAGAGCGACCUGCAUAAACUUGAGAGCACGAUUUCUAUCCUUAAGAUCGUGCUCUUGGAUGCUGAAGACAAGCAAGCAAACAACCCCAUGCUGAGCAUCUGGCUUGGACGGCUUAAAAAUAUGUUAUAUGUCGCAGAGGAUGUGGUAGAUGAACUUGAGUACGAAGCUUUAAGGAAGCAAGCGAUUACGACAUAUGGAAGCGCUAUGGCAAAGGUAUGCCAUUUCUUUUGUUCAUUCAUGGCACUUUCAUCCCGUUUAAAAUUGGCUCACAAAAUCAAGGACAUUAGAGAGAGGUUAGAUGAGAUUAAUGCUGAUAAGGUUCAGUUUAAUCUCACUGAGCGGCAUGAAGAGGUGCAUGUCAAUCCCCUGUGGAGGGAGAAGACCCAUUCCUUUAUUGAUCCUUCAACAGUAUUCGGUAGGGAUGGUGACAAAGAAGAAAUAAAAAAGAGUUUGAUGCACCCAAAUCCCACUAGAAAUCUUAAUAUAAUUGCCAUAGUUGGAUUAGGAGGUAUGGGAAAGACCACACUUGCCAAGGUUGUUUACAAUGACGAAUCCGUAGUUAAACAUUUUCAGUUGAGAAUGUGGGUUUGUGUACCUGAGAAUUUUAAUGUUACAAGAUUGGUGAAAGACAUCCUUAAAUCUGCUGGUGGUAGAGUUGAUAAGAAUUCAAGUAAUGAAGAUACAUUGCAGACUAGUUUGAGAGAACUUUUAAAGGAUAAAAGGUUUCUACUAGUUUUAGAUGAUGUCUGGAAUGAAAAUAGAAAUAAAUGGACUGAACUGAGAGAUUUGCUUAAUGGAGGGUCGCAUGGAAGUGUCAUUGUUGUAACGACACGUAGUCACAGGGUUUCUUCCGUUUUAGACCCUGUUUAUACACAUUCUGUAGAAGGUCUAUCAAAAGAAGAAAGUUUGUCUUUGUUUGUGAAAUGUGCAUUCAAGGAAGGAGAAGACAAACUAUAUCCAAAUCUCUUGCCAAUUGCAGAUGAAAUAGUGAAAAAGUGUAAAGGGGUUCCACUGGCCCUGAAGAGUUUAGGUGGUCUACUUUAUUCGAAAGUCGAUGAAAGCGAGUGGGAAUUGGUGAGAGGUAACGAGAUUUGGGAAUUGGAAGAAAAUGAGGGAGGCAUCUUACCUGCAUUGCAAUUGAGCUAUAAUCAAAUGCCAAUUCAUUUGAAGCGAUGCUUUGCUUAUUGCGUUAAUUUUCCAAAGGAUUAUGAUUUCAGUAAUAUCCUUUUAAUUGAACAAUGGGUGGCACAUGGAUUAAUCAUCCAAAUGUCUCCUAACAAAAAACAAGAGUUGGAAGAUAUUGGAGAAUUGUACAUUAAAGAGUUAAUGUCGAUAUGUUUUUUCCAAUUAGAUCUUCAAGAAAAUCUUUUUGGCAUGUAUUCCUUCAAAAUGCAUGAUCUCGUCCAUGAUCUUGUACUCUCUAUUGGCCAUGAAGAGUGGUCGGAAAUAGACUCUGACAAUAAAGACAUGGCCUCGACAGUUCGUCAUUUGUCAAUUUCAUCUAGUAGCCAACAAGUUUCGAAGUUCUCAAACAAGUUAACUAAUGUGAGGAGCAUCAUGUACCGAAACGAACCACACGUGUCCUCAGUUGAAGCAUGCAUCUCAAGAUUCAAGUCUUUACGUCUGUUAACUAUACCUUAUUCAGAUUUUGAGAAUUUGCCAAGUUCCAUUGGUACUCAAAAGCAUUUGAGAUAUCUCGGCCUAUCUCUUAAUCAGUCAAUCAAGAAGCUUCCUAAUUCCAUUUGCAAGUUACACAAUUUGCAAACCUUGUUACUUGAUGGAUGUAGAGACCUUGAACGACUGCCCAAAGAUAUGAGGAACAUGAUCAACCUUAGGUUUCUUACGAUUUCAACAAAAGAUACAUGCUUGUUCGUGAAUGGAGUAUGUUGCUUUAAUUCUCUUCAGAUUUUAUGGGUGGUGGAGUGUCCAAGACUCGAAUGCUUGCUUCCACAGAUGGACAGGUGCCUCACCAACCUUCGUAUGUUGGUUUUUGUGGAAUGUGAAAGUUUGACCUCUUUGCCACCUAUUAUCAAGCACCUAAAAGCCUUAGAGUCAUUGUACAUUUGUGAUUGUGAAGAGAUAGAUUUGACGGGAGGAGGAGGAGGAGAUGCACAGGACCUCAAUUUGAGACUCCAAAUCUUGUAUAUAACAAAUUUACCAAAGUUGGAGAUUUUACCCGAAUGGCUCCUAGGAUCUGCAAACACUUUAAAGCACCUACAUAUCGAGCAGUGUGAAAAUCUGAAGGCGUUGCCAGAGUGGUUACCAACUCUGAAAUCACUUCAGACAUUGGAGAUCAUUGAAUGCAAUGAGCUAUCAUCUCUACCGGAGGGGAUUCGUCAUAUGAAAACAUUAAGAAAACUGGUGAUCAUUCCUGAGCUCUAA